AUGUACUCGCCGGACAAGAUGAAGUCUGGCGGGGCGCUCAUGGCACCCCCCGGCUGCUUCCCGGGCCGGUACAGCCCCACGUACCGCAGCUCGGACCCGCGCCGCUGCGUGCCCAAUCCUUCCAGUCGAAUACUGGAGGAUGCAUCAUUGAUGUGCAACUCGUGGUCACCGCGUCACAAUGGUGACAUAUUCAGCGGGUUGAACGACGGAUUGCUGAGCCGGGCGGAGGCUUUGGCUGCGGUGGAUAUCGGCAAGCAUCAGUCGGGCCCUCAACCGGGUCCACCACUACCACAGCUGAAGCACGACAUGGUGUAUCACCACGGAGUAGGAGGUCCACCACCACAUAAUGCAAGGCCACAUCAGCCAUUCUUUCCACAGAUGGGCCACCAUGGCAUGGAAGGACUAGACAUGCUUGAUCCGCUCACGUCCUCAUCAAUGACCACCUUAGCACCCAUGGGUGAAGCCGCACCACCACAUCAUCAACUGCAUGGCUAUGGCGCUAUGAACCAUGUUAUGAAUCACCAUCAUCACGCAGGAGGCCUUGGACAUGCCCCGCCAGCACACCUUGGACAUCCGGCUGCUGCCUUACACCCAGAUACAGAUACAGAUCCUCGCGAACUUGAGGCAUUUGCCGAAAGGUUCAAACAAAGAAGAAUAAAACUGGGAGUAACUCAGGCUGAUGUUGGUAAGGCACUAGCUAAUCUUAAACUGCCAGGUGUUGGAGCGUUAUCCCAAAGUACAAUUUGUAGAUUCGAAAGUUUAACUCUAAGUCAUAACAACAUGAUAGCAUUAAAACCUAUUUUACAAGCUUGGUUAGAAGAAGCAGAAGCGCAGGCAAAAAAUAAAAGACGGGACCCAGACGCACCCAGCGUUUUGCCAGCGGGAGAAAAAAAAAGAAAGAGAACAUCCAUAGCGGCACCAGAAAAGAGAAGUCUCGAAGCUUAUUUUGCUGUUCAGCCGCGUCCAUCUGGUGAAAAAAUUGCAGCGAUUGCAGAAAAGUUAGAUCUCAAGAAAAACGUAGUUCGGGUAUGGUUCUGCAACCAGAGGCAAAAACAGAAACGUAUGAAAUUCGCUGCACAACACUGA